AUGGUGGUGGGGCUGGGAACCUGGAGCCUGGCCAGAGCUGCUCUGAUCAUCCUGCUGCUCCCCAGAAGCCUGGAGCAGUGCGGGCGCAUCAGCGUCUCAGCCCCCAUCGUCCGCCUGGGAGACGCCAUCACGGCCUCCUGCGUCAUCAACAGGACCACCUGCGGCCACCUGGAUCCAGAGUCCCAGAUUGUGUGGAGAUUGGGCACAGAGCUUCAGCCCGGGGGGAGGCAGCAGCGCUUGCCCGAUGGGACCCUGGAAUCCACCAUCACCUUGCCCCACCUCAACGACCCUCGGGCCCUUCUCUCCUGCUGUCUGAGCUGGGGCAGCAGCCUGCAGAUCCUGGACCAGGCUGAGAUGCAGGCAGGCUACCCGCCAGCCGCACCCCACAACCUGUCCUGCCUCAUGAACCUCACCACCGAGAGCCUCAACUGCCAGUGGGAGCCAGGACGUGACACCCACCUGACUACCAACUUCACCCUAAAAAGCUUCAAGAGCCGGGGCAACUGCCAGGACCAGGAGGAAGCCAUCCCUGACUGCGUGCCUGAGGGCGGGCAGAGCCGCUGCUCCAUCCCACGCAGACACCUGCAGCUCUACCAGAGCAUGGGCAUCUGGGUGCAGGCGGAGAACGUGCUGGGGACCAGCGUGUCCCCGCAGCUGUGCCUGGAUCCCAUGGACGUUGUAAAACUGGAGCCCCCCACCCUGUGGGCCCUGGACCCCAGCCCUGAGGUGGCUCCACUCCAGCCAGGCUGCCUACAGUUGCACUGGGAGUCAUGGAAGCCAACCCUGUACAUAGACCAGAAGUGUGAGCUGCGCCACCAGCCUCAGCCUGGGGGAGCCAGCUGGACCCUGGUGGGCCCCCUGCCCUCCAAGACCCUUCAUCAUGAGCUCUGCGGGCUCCUCCCAUCCACCACCUACACCCUGCAGAUGCGCUGCACCCGCUGGCCCCUGCCCGGCCACUGGAGUGACUGGAGCCCCGGCCUGGAACUGACCAGCACGCAACGGGUCCCCAACGUCAGGCUGGACACGUGGUGGCGGCAGAGGCAGCUGGACCGCAGGACAGUGGACACGCAGCUAUUCUGGAAGCCAAUGCCCCUGGAGGAAGACAGCGGGCAGAUCCAAGGGUACCUGGUCUCCUGGAGAGCCUCGGGCCAGGCUGGGGCAAUCCCGCCCCUCUGCAACACCACCGAGCUAAACUGCACCUUCCACUUGCCUCCAGAAGUCCAGGAGGUGGUCCUCGUGGCCUAUAACCCCGCCGGGACCUCCCCCCCGACCCCAGUGGUCUUCUUGGAGAGCACAGGCCCACCCCUGGGCAGACUCCACACCGUGGCCCGAGACCCUCACAACCUCUGGGUGGGCUGGGAACCCCCCAGCCCUCCGCCUCGGGGCUAUGUGAUUGAAUGGGGCCCUGGGCCCCCCAGCCCCAGCGGCAGCCAGAUGACUUGGAAAAUGGAGCAUAAUGGAAGCAUUGCAGGGACCCUGCUACAAGAGAACAUCCGGCCCUUUCAGCUCUACGAGAUCACCGUGACCGCCCUGUACCAGGACACCACGGGACCCUCCCAGCACAUCUACGCCUACUCCCAAGAGACGGCCCCCUCCUACACCCCAGAGCUGCAUCUAAAGCACAUUGGCAAGACCUGGGCCCAGCUGGAGUGGUUGCCCCCAGCCCCUGAGCUGGGGAGGAGCCCUCUUUCCCACUACACCAUCUUCUGGACCAAUGCUCAGGGCCAGUCCUUCUCCGCCGUCCUUAAUGCUUCUGUCCACGAGUUUGUCCUCCCCGGCCUGGAGCCUGCCAGCUUGUACCACGUCCACCUCAUGGCUGCCAGCCGGGUGGGGGCCACCAACAGUACAAGCCUCACCCUGAUGACCUUGGCCCCAGGGGACUUCGAGCUGCACAUCUUCUUGGGCCUGUCCGGCCUCCUGCUCUCGCUCAUCUGCCUCUGCUGGGCUGCCCGGUUCUGCUGCCGACCCAGCAGGAAGAAUUCCUUCUGGCCGAGUGUCCCAGACCCAGCCCACAGCAGCCUGGGCUCCUGGGUGCCUAGCGCCCCCACGGAGGAGAUCUACCAGCUGCCCAGCCUUUGGGACACCAGCAUGCCACCCAUCACCAAGAUCACGGUGCUGGAGGAGGAGGAAAAGAAGCCAGGGCCCUGGGAGGCCCAGGAGAGCUCAGGAACCUGUGGCCUUCCCGCCCUGGUCCAGGCCUAUGUGCUCCAGGGGGACCCAAGAGCAUCUACUAUCCAGCCCCAGGCCCAGUCAGGCAACAGCGACCAGGUCCUUUACGGGAAAGUGAUGGGCAGCCCCACCGGCUCGGGACCAGUGGACUACAUCCGCUGCGACUCCACUCAGCCCCUCUUGGGAGGCCUCACCCCGAGCCCCAAGAUCUAUGAGAAUAUCUGGUUCCAGACCAGCCCCCUAAGGUCCCCGGAGCCUCUAGUCCCCAACCAGGAGGAUGACUGCGUCUUUGGGCCACUGCUUGACUUCCCCCUCCUGCAGGGGCUCCAGGUCCAUGGGGUAGAAAGCUUCUAG